AUGGCUCGUUUACGCACUCGACACAUUGCUUUCUGUGCAGUUCUUGUCUUAUUCAUAUUCUUCUUCUUACCGGCGAACCACACGAUCGCCUAUCUUCCGCAAUCCAGCUAUGGCUCCUCCUCUAGAACCGGAACCCACGCGCUCGCGCGGUACAUGAACGAUCCCGUCUAUGUUCCCGACAUUCGCGCGAAGAACAGCAGCUUCGACUGGAGUUCAGUCAGAAUAGCGCAUCCACCUCCGCUCACGCCCGUUCUACCUCCGCCCGUCGCCCAUCGACCCCGCAUCCAGUACCGGUUUAAGCCAGACCGCGCAGACGUCGCCGUAAUACAGGAGCAACGACGCUUGGAAGUGAAGCGAGUCUUCCAAAAGAGCUGGGCGAGCUACAGAGCAAAGGCAUGGAUGAAAGAUGCACUCAAACCUAUAAGCGGACAGUAUGUCGACCAGUUCUCUGGCUGGGCUGCGACACUGGUGGAUAGCCUGGAUACGUUAUGGAUGAUGGGGAUGAGGGAGGAGUUCUACGAGGCUGUGGAAGCGGUGGCUUCUAUCGAUUUUGGAAAGAGUACUGCUGCUACGGUGAACACGUUCGAGACGUGUAUUCGGUACUUGGGCGGCCUGCUAGCUGCAUAUGAUUUGAGCGGACAUGAAGUUUUGUUGAAGAAGGCAAUUGAGGUUGGCGAUCUGCUGUAUGCAGGGUUUAACACGGAGAACGGGAUGCCCGUAGAUUUCAUCAACUUUGAAAGCGCGAAAGAGGGAUCCGGUCUGAGGGUGGAGAGUCAGGUGGUCAGCGCGAGUCCAGGGACGAUCACACUGGAGUUCAGCAGGCUGAGCCAGCUCACAGGCGACAACAAGUAUUAUGCAGCGGUAUCGCAGGUCAUGGAACUGUUCUACCAGAAUCAGAAUGCAACGAGGUUACCGGGUAUGUGGCCGAUGAUGGUGUCCAUGAGCCAGAAAGACGUGGUUUCUGGCUAUCAGUUCACCAUCGGUGGCAACGCAGAUUCGUUGUACGAGUACCUGCCCAAGGCUCAUGCGCUGCUUGGUUCGACGGACCCGAGUUCAGCAAAGUACGAGGCCAUGUCGCGCUACUUCAUGGACACGGCGAGAGACAAUCUCUUCUUCCGACCCAUGAUUCCAGGAGGCGAAGACAUCCUGAUCUCUGGCAACUGCGAUGUCCUGGAUGGCGGCGCACGUCUCGAUCCCGAGAGCGAACAUCUCUCCUGCUUCAUUGGUGGGCUCUAUGCACUAGGUGGUCGUUUGUUCAGCAGUGACGAGUAUCUCGACAUCGGAGCAAAGCUAGCCCGUGGAUGCGCCUACGCCUACAGAUCGUUUCCCACAGGCAUCAUGCCAGAGCGCUACAACAUGGCCUUGUGUCCUGGCAAGAAUCAUCGAGCAGACUGCGCUUGGGACGAAGCUGCUUUUGCUGAGGAAGCCGCCAACCGCCCGCAAUACAAAUCAGACCUACCAAAAGGGUUCACUACUGCCAAAGACCCUCGGUAUAUCCUCCGACCUGAGGCAAUUGAGUCAAUCUUCAUCCUUUGGCGCAUCACAGGUGAUGCGUCUUUCCGCGAGACGGCUUGGGACAUGUUCGAGGCUGUGGCUAAUGCUACGGAUACUCAGUACGCAAAUGCUGCGAUCAUGGAUGUCAAUAUAGUAGGUGGAGGUGUAAAGGAGGACUACAUGGAGAGCUUUUGGAUGGCGGAGACACUAAAGUACUUCUACUUGUGCUUUGCAGAUACCGAUUUGAUCAGUCUGGAUGAUUUUGUCCUGAACACAGAAGCGCAUCCUUUCCGAUUAUCGAAGGGUUAG